AUGGCCAAGAAACGUCGGUGCUUGGAAGACCUGCUGGCUCAAACAUGUCGGGCUUGUGACGAGGAGUUUGAUACCAUGCAGGGUCUGAUGGCUCAUCAGUCUGCAAGUCGCAAAUGUGCGUGGUAUAAGAAGGGCAAGUUGAAGGCAGUCUUUGCAGAUGUUGCUGAGGACGAACCGCCCGACAGAGGUGAAGGAUCGUCAACGGGUUCUGAUUCGCAGCCAGGACACGAAGAUGCUGAGAGUAGCGACGAAGAAGAGGAUUUGAUGUUCGUGCCAUUACCAGUUCCCAGUUCCUCAGGCUGCAAUCCGCCUUGCGAAGCAUCGUCUUCCGGCAGUCGGAUUCGACAAUCCGCGAUACAACUUGAUGACGACGAAGACACACGAGUUGAGGACGUCGACAAGACUGCAGGACGUGUUGUCGGAGAGGGACGUACUAUGAUGGAUGCAUGGAAGAGGCACUUCGCGAAACAGAAUGACCAAGAUGCUGACUGCGGCGACCGGGAAGACAAUCGUUCUUUGUGGGAACCUUUUGACACCGAGAUGGACUGGGAGGUGGCUUCGUGGUGCGUCAAAGAGGGCAUCAGUCAAGGUGCCGUUGACCGGUUCCUCAACAUACCCAACGUACGAGAGAAACUAGGACUUUCUUACCACAAUAUGCGCUCGCUCCUCCAAAAGGUCGAUUCCAUACCGGAGAGAUCGCCGUGGAUGGAGCAAUGGCUGACGUUCAAGGACCGACCGGGAGAAACUCAUCUAGUGCAGUUUCGUGAUAUCAUAGCUGCUAUCAAAGCUCUCCUUGGAAACCCUGCGCACGCGGACCGCAUCGUGUAUCGCCCACGACGAAUCUUCUCCAACACGAGCCGUAAGAACCGUAUAUAUACCGAAAUGUGGACAGGAAGGUGGUGGAAUGCAGUGCAGGUGAGGCGUCCA